CGCAUCUGCAGCCUGGCCACCUACACGCGGAUCCUGUCCCUGUCCCUGAACGCCGACUACAUCGACUGGGUCUUUUUGCCAUGCCAUCCGCUCAAUCUGGCCACUGCAAAACUUGAACAUAUAUCCUUCUCGGGUGACCUUGGCGACAGGUGUGAAUACCUCGUCAACUCGGUCCAGAAGCCGUUUUCUCUUCCGUUUCCGUGCAUACGGAGCGGACACUUAUCCCCCCGGGACUCUAUUUUGCGACACCUUUUCGAUCCUCGAGACAUUUUCACGUCGCCUCGGAGCCAGCAGCGGCUGGUCAAAUAUCACAAUGAGGCCAGCACUCCUGGCGUGGGUGCUUGCCGGCAUCUGCACAAUCACAAGCGCCGCCCCGCCGGGUUCGGAAAAGAAGGCUGGAACGGUCAUCUCUGAUGAGGCGCUCUCAGGGGAAUCACCAGCCGAGGGAGGAGAGGGCACGGAUUACACUGUUUUCAAUGGCAUCAAAGUGCCGCCGAUGAAAGAUAUCGAGGGCGACAAGUUCGAGGAGACAACAAAAGAUGGUUAUUGGUGGGUUAAAUUCUAUUCGCCAUAUUGUGGACAUUGCAAGGCCAUCGCGCCUCUUUGGCAAACGUUAUAUGAGUUUUAUGUGACCUCAGAUCCCCUUCAAGGGCGCACCAAGGGAGGCCAACCGGACCUGUCGUCGCCCAACAGCUUUCACGGCUAUUACAACUUCCAUUUCGCUUCGGUCAACUGUAUCGCCUAUGGCGAUGUCUGCGCGAAAUACGACAUAAAAGGAUGGCCUACUUUCUUGCUGUUCAAAGAUGGUGAAGUCUUGGAGCGGUACAAGGGCGAGAAAACAAUGGAAGCCCUCAGCAAUUAUGUCGAGGAGAAGUUGGAACAAAUCAAGCCGGGUUCGCGUCCGAGACAGGGAGUCAAAGUGCCCAAGCCCGGUGCAAAAGGUAUUGAUCGUGCCGCGACGCCGGAGAAACCUCUGGCAAAGGAUAAAGAUACCGCCGCUGGGGUCGCUGCAGGUGAGAAGCAGAAUAAGGAAGCUGCCGAUGUUUCAACCGAAACAACAUCGGCCAUGCUGGCCUCGGAGACUGCGAAGCUGGGAAGGCCGAAGAACGCAAAGACUGGUCCUCCACCGAACCCGAAAGGAAUGUCCGUUCCCUUGACUCCCGAGUCCUUUCAGAAGCUUGUCACUACGUCUCAGGAUCCAUGGUUUGUCAAGUUUUAUGUCCCCUGGUGUUCGCACUGCCAGCAUCUUGCACCUACUUGGGCAGAGAUGGCCAAAGAGAUGGAAGGCAAGCUCAAUGUUGGAGAGGUCAACUGUGAACAAUCCCCUCGACUUUGCAAAGAUGCAAAGGUGUCCGCUUACCCUACCAUCUACUUCUUCCGGGGUGGUGAGCGUGUCGAGUACCAGGGCCUCCGAGGACUGGGCGACCUCUUGUCCUUCGCCAAUAAGGCGUUGGAUAGCGAUGUCAAGUACGUCGAUGCUGCUGCAUUUAAGGAAAUGGAGGAGACAGAGGAGGUCAUUUUCGUCUACUUCUUCGACGACGCGACCACCUCCGAAGACUUUGCCGCUCUGGACCGAUUGACAUUGAGUCUGAUUGGACACGCCAAGAUUGUCAAGACAGACUCUCAGAUCCUGGCAAACCGAUUCAAGAUCUCCACAUGGCCUCGACUCCUGGUUUCUCGAGAUGGACGACCAACCUACUACAACGCUCUGGCGCCCAAGGACAUGCGGGAUUUCCGCAAGGUUCUGACCUGGAUGCAAUCUGUCUGGUUACCUAUCGUUCCUGAAUUGACCGCAGCCAACGCCAAAGAAAUCAUGACUGGAAAGUAUGUGGUGCUGGGUAUACUGUCACGAGAACGCCCAGACGAGUUUAUGCAAUCGAGACGCGAGUUGAAGAACGCAGCUUUGGAAUGGAUGGACAAGCAAACCCAGGCCUUCCAGCUCGAACGACAAGAACUCCGCGAUUCCAAACAACUACGGAUCGAGGAAGCCGAAGACCGCAACGACCAGCGAGCAUUGCGGCAGGCAAAGAGCUUUGUUAUCAGUAUUACCGAGGAGAACUUCCGCAAAGGCGUCGCCUUUGCCUGGGUCGACGGCGUCUUCUGGGAGCGCUGGUUGCGGUCGACGUAUGGAGUGGACAUUUCCAAGGGCGAAAGGGUGAUUAUCAAUGAUGAAGAUAACCGUCGGUAUUGGGACGUCACCGAUUCCGGAGCAUACAUUAUGCCUUCGCGCACUUCGAUCCUCGAGACCUUGUCUCGAAUCGUGGCCAAUCCCCCGAAGUUGACGCCCAAGUCGACCAUCGGCACCUUUGAAAACAUUUUGUUCCGGAUCCGCAACUUUGGCACCUACCAUCCCUACUUGUCCUUUGGGGUUCUCAUCCUUACUGUUGUCGCGCUCCUCUACGUCUUGAAGAACGGCACGUCGCUCAAGAAGAACUUUGGCAAGAGUGGAAGUGGGUAUUUCCAUCUGGAUGAAAAGGAAGGGUUGUUGGGUAUGACCAAUGGCAAGGCUGAUUGAGUUGAGACCGGGACCUUUUUCGACCAUAGUUGAAUGUCGGAUUACUGGGCAUUGGUAAAGGAAUUCAACAGGGCCUAAUAAGUAUAGGCAUGGCGGUGGCGUUUAGGGCUUGCUUAUAUUAUUGUAUGGAUUGAAACACAUGAUGCGUGUGGCCAACUUGAGGUCGCCUCCUUGCUGUCUCGACUACCUAGGUAGUACUCGAGGUGGUGGUACUUGAAGUACAAAUGGAAAUAUCUUUAUGCAUGG